AUGGCUCCAACUACUAUAGCGGCUUGGGAACCCUUUCCCAUUCAGAGCGCCUUCAGUCCACCGCUCUACAUUCAGCGCCGAUUUACAACGACGUCUUACACGAUAUAUCUCACUGAUUUGACGUCGAUAUGGGCUGAAUCGUUGGAUCAAGGCGCCAUCUGCGAUCGCGCCGAGGACCGUAACUGCUCCAUCGACCCAUCUACAGAUGAUUCGCAGUUCCAAAUCCUGUUGGAGAAAUUGGCAGCGGGGGUAACAGGGCUGAACCCUUCUGUCACGGUAGACCUCGAAGUUCGAAGUGACACCUUUAAUAUCAAUACCAAAGAAAAGCUACAAGCUCCAUUACAGCCGCUAGAAUGGCGGUUCCGGUUAAAACUUCAGUCCGGCGCAGUCUUUACAAAGCAUUUUUCUUUACCGUUACUGUACUAUGGCUCUCUUUUAUCGCGGCAGACGAACAGUCUGUUAACGAUUAUCGACGAAAAGGAUGCGACUAUCGCACGGCUUUUGGACAAAUUUGAAGAGUAUAAAUUUGAUCUUAGUAGUAUAUUUCCAGGUUAUAAGAAGGGUAGGACGCCUCAGGGAAAGGCGAAGGGGUUGGUACCGUUCGAUAGGAAUGCCUGGCGGCAAGAGUUACAAGCUGCCGAGUUCGAAUCGAAGGCUUCGAAAGAGCUGGUGAAGACUACAUUCUAUCAACUAGCGAGGAAAGAGGAGAAGAUAGAGAUUUCGCUCCCAAAGGCACCAGAAGCCCAGUGGUGGAAAAAACUCUCAGGAAAAACAACAGUAAAGGGUGAGCCAGAGGCUGAAAGAACUCCAUUUACUACGCCGAAAAAGCCGCCGCCAAAGACUGUAAGGAUAAACACCGACUCAGAUGACGAUUUCCAGGCGCUUCCUUCAUCACCAAUCCGGGCUUCGGCGGUCGAACCAGAGGUUCCUACUAAGACGCCUCUUGAUGAUGAAACUACGGAUGACGAAGAUGACAAUCUGAUGAAUGUUAUCCCCACUGGGGGGUCUCGGUCAACCUCAACUUCACAGAACACACCUUUGCCCACGAAGGGAUCUGUCUCCCCUAUACGUUUGGAAACGAAAAGCACUUCGCCUAGACCUGCUGUGAAGAAGGAGCCACAGGACCGCCAAUCCAAGUUCGAAGAAAACUUUCGCAGCCAAAUGGGAUUCCUUGACUCACUUGUUGAAUAUGAUGAAACUACCAGUGAUUCUGAAACUGAAGCUCCCAAGCCAAAAAAAGUGGCACUUGCCGCUGGAAAAACAGGUGGUAUCAAGAAAACAAUCGGUGGUAGAAAGCAGGAACAACCCAAACCGCCACAAGAUGAUUUAGAAGACAGUAGUAUGCCUCCUGCAGAACCCAAGGUGGAAGAAGAAACAGAGGCUCCGAAACGUCUGGGAAAGAUCAAGGGGACAAUCGGAAGCCGCAAACCAGGCGCAGAGCCUGCAAAGCGCAAGGAACCAGAGCCAGAUAGUGAUGAGGAAAUGGUCGACCCGGAGCCAGAAGCACCGAAGCCACCGCCUAAAAAGAAGGCAAAAUCGAAAUCUCCUCCCAUUCAAGGCAUGGACGAGGACGCCGCACAAAAGCGACGUGAAGAUCUACAAAGGCAACUUGCAUCUAAAGCGGCAGGGAAAAAGAGGGGUCGGAAAUUCUAA